GUUUUGUAUCUGCCCUGUGUACUGGUUAUGUGUAUGUAGGCUACAAGAAGCACCCGUUAGUCAGUUUCAAUCCUGGGAUCUGUUGACAGAAAAGAGAGAAACAAACACAGUCAAGACUAGAUUCUGGUAGUAGGCUGCACAAGAAGGCUGGCCAUGGUUGGAAGGGGCAUCCUGGGUUGUUUCAUCUUGUGUCUGUCUCUGACCUCAGUAUGCGCUGUCAGAGGAACCCUUAGUUCAAUAAAGGACCUCAGGGGAAUAGAGUUUGGUCACACCUCUCAUCGACAUGGCCUCAUGCUGCUCCACUGGCUAGCCAACAACAUUCGCAUUGACAACAACGGCAACAUGAGACUCAAUUUCAACCCAACCAGGGGAGACUAUGGCUUUCAUUUCUAUGGAAACAGACCAGCUUCAUUACCUUUUCUGCUUCCUGAAAGCGGAAGUUACUACUCACUAGGGAAUAUGAACAGUAAUGGCUUAAGGGCACUUCCUGAUUAUGUAGCUCGAAGAUUCUACAGCUCAAGUGGACCUGAGAACAACAGGGACAGGGUCAUACUCAGAGUUAGGGAUGAUGGGUCCAAUCAGUUCAUUGCAGACGAGGUCUAUGUCACACAGCACUAUCAACGAAAUGAAAACAGAGGAAGUGGCUAUGAUCCAGACAAUACAUACCUUGUCAGUUUCAACCUCUUAACACAAAUCCAACGUCUCGCAAACAUUGACCGAAAUGACAUUCCACGUAUAUAUAAUGUAGAGAUCAACCACAACAGUCUGCAAGAACUGGAAAACAUCUGGGGACACACACCUGGUCUGGCACUUCUUCUGGCUAUUGUAUUGUACUUUACACGUCCCAAAACCUUAUUUAUUAAGGAGCAAGCUCUUUGUUUAACAUCUCAACCCCAGAGUGGCAUGGAGGAUAAGGAUAAUGCAUUGAUUAAGCUUGGUGUGAAAACCACAAAUAGAGGAAAAGCCAGGAUCAUCUGGAGUGGGAUCCCCAAGAGGCUAUUAGACCAGGGUUUAAUGGUGGUUCUUCAUAGGAACAAUAACAGUGACAGUAAGAGCGAGCUGGACAGAUCAUCAGUCGGGGGCCAAGCCUCUGGGAGCUAUAACACCUCAGUACCCCUUAACCCUGGUCUCCAGGUCAGGCUCCAUAAGGAGGUAAAAUCAUGGUGGAAUUACUUGGGGUUUGGGUCCACUAUCGGAGAGGAGAUCUGGAGAGGUUCUGAGUUUCACGAUGCCAACCGAGAGAUUCCUGUUGAUAUUAACGGACAUGACGCCAGUCUGCAGCUCUUCGUAAAGGAUGGAAAGGCCUGCGCUCGUCUGUAUGUAAAGAAAUCCUUCACUGCCUGGAAGAAAACGUUCCAUAACUCCUGGGUUGGGUUCUACUCUUCUGAAGGAACCCUGGAUUAUAACACCUGGCAAUGGGCUGUAAAGUUCUCUGAGGAAAAAGGCUCACAUCAGGCUGAUAUACCUGGGUAUGAUGUCUAUGUGUAUGAGUCUAGUAUGACCAUGUCUCCUGGGGUCCAGGUCAGAUUCAUGCUGGAGAAAUCUGAGGGUGAAAAGGCACGCACUCCACCCUGGGAGAGACUUGUCCAGUGGUGAGCUCACCUGAUA